AGCCACUUUUUCUGUGUCUCUUCCACGUGUUUGUCCUGGUUUGGUCAUACUUCUAUGGUUGGCCUGAUCAAGGUGUAGAUUAAUUGUCAACUGUCCUCGUAUUUCUGUUCUGACAAUAUCUGACAUUGCCGUAGGUAUUGCAUGCUCUCUUCCAUAUCAAAACAUGGAAAACUACACUAAAGGAGAUGUUGUCACUGUCGAGGAGUCUAAAGGCCCCCAUUUGGAAUUACAGAAAGACGAUAUUGUUAUGACAGUCCACUAUGGCAGUAAGAUACGUAAUUUAAUUGGACUUGCUUUGAACAAAAUGCAGAAUUCCAAUACCAAACGGAUAGUUUGGACUGGAAGUGGUCCAGCAAUCACGAAGACGAUCACCUGUGCUGAGAUUAUGAAACACAAGAUAGAGGGCCUUCAUCAAUUGAACAAACUGGCAUAUGAAAGAGUCAAAGAAUCUUGGCUGCCCAAGAUAAAAGGACUUGAAAAGUUAAUUGUGAACCGUGACAUUCCGUGUAUCUCGAUUUUGUUAUCGAAAGACCAGCUUGAUGUCAAUGAACCAGGGUAUCAAGCUCCUGGGAAGUGCAGCAUCCACGAGGAUUCCGAAGAUGGAAAAUACGAAGGAAAGCCAGCUUAUAAAAAACAAAAGCAGUUUAAAUGCAGGAAACGGAAAACCCCUUCAGCUCAGAAUAAAAACCUUACUGGAAGAAGUCUCUAAUAUUAGAGAAAAUGGA